GUUUCUGUUUCAACAUGGCUUCUUGUUCUUUAGCCUAAAUUAAGCUGUUGACGCUGUAUAAUAUAUGAUUUACUCAAUGGAGAUACCUGCUCAAGGGACCUCUCACGCUCAGCGGGUGCUAUCCUUGCUCAACCAACAGAGGGGUCUUGGCCAUUUCUGUGAUGCCAUGUUGAGCACAGCCAGUGGGCAGGUGCAUCUGGCCCAUCGCAAUGUUCUUGCCUGCUUCAGCCACUUGUUCCAAGACUCCAGUUCAGACACACCAUGUAUUCAGAUCGACCUGCCAUUAGAGUGCCCUGAUGAUGGACUAGAGCUACUGCUUAACUUUUUAUAUACUGGUGAACUCCAGUUAGACGACAGCAAUUUAGAAAAGAUUCAGAAUGCAGCUAGCAGACUAUCAGUGCCAGAUUCUCUCAUACCUUGCCAGAGUUUGCCAGGUGUAGAGACUUUGCAGUCACCUGUCUCGAGUGAAGAUGAUACAGCCAAACAACUAUUCCCUCUCAUAUCUGCAGACCCUCAGCCUGAUCACACCCUGAAAGGAAAGACUAGAUCUUGGCUGAGGACAAAAAAUAAACCCGAUGCAUUCCUGUUAGGUUCAGCGGUCACAGUUAGCGAUGAUGACCCUGCUGCCUCGACGUCGACUACAACCACACGUUCUGGAAGGUGUGUAAAAGGGCCCAAUCGACUAAUCGGGGAAAGUCCCAUGUCUACUGUCACAAGACAGGGAGCAGGAAGAAGAAAACCAUCAUCUCUAGAAGACAAAGAGCAGGAGACUGCUGCCACUGAGGACGGAGAUCACCUCAAACAUCAAGACAUGAGUGAGACUGAGGUGGAUGGAUCUGUUGAUAAUCAAAAUGAUGAUGAUGUCGACAAUGAAGAUGAUGAUGAUGACAGUGACAGAGGUGGCAGUAUGGAUAUUCUUAAUGAGGGAACCGAUGAAGAGUAUGUGCCUCGUGAUUCACCUUGCUCAACCUCAAAGACUCCACGGGGAAAGUGCAAACGACACAAAAGAAGUACCAAUAAAGAGAAUGGGGAAGGAACAUCUAAAGACAGCAAGAAAGGAUCUGUCCAAUGUCCUACAUGUCAUAAAACAUUCCUCAGCAAGUACUACCUGAAAGUACACAACAGGAGACAUACAGGAGAGAAGCCCUUUGAAUGUGCUAAAUGUGGGAAGUGCUACUAUAGGAAGGAAAACCUGCUGGAGCAUGAAGCCAGGAAUUGUCUUAUCAGAGCAGAAGUGGUGUUUUCGUGUUCGAAAUGCACCAUGACCUUUAAAAAGCGACAUGAGCUGCGUCUUCACACGGUCACACACACAGGAGAGAUGCCCAAUAAGUGCACGUCAUGCCCUGAGCAGUUCAUGCAGAAGAAAGACCUCAGGAUCCACAUGAUUAAAGUUCACGGAGCUCCCAAACCACACGCAUGUCCAUUGUGUCCCAAGUGCUUCCAGUCCCGCACUGAGCUACGUCUGCACGAGGCAGCCAAACAUCGUGGUGAGAAACUGUUUGUGUGUGAGGAGUGCGGGCAUCGGGCCUCCAGCCGCAACAGCCUGCAAAUGCACAUCAAAGCCAUUCACAGAAAUGAGCGUCCUUUUGUAUGUGAGUUCUGCAAUCAUGCUUUUACACAGAAAGCUAAUCUCAACAUGCACCUUCGAACACAUACUGGAGAGAAACCUUUCCAGUGCCACCUCUGUGGCAAGACAUUUCGCACACAAGCGAGUCUGGACAAACACCACCGCACGCAUACAGGAGAACGGCCAUAUAGUUGUGAGUUUUGUGAGCAACGCUUUACUGAGAAAGGCCCUCUCCUACGGCACAUAGCCAGCAAACACCAAGAAGGUCGACCACACUUUUGCCACAUCUGCAACAAAACCUUUAAAGGUAAAAUAUGUGUGUGUGUGUGUGUGUGUGUCAUUUAUUGGUUGACCAAACAAACAUUACACAAACCACCUUGUCUAAUUCUGUCCAAUCAUGCUACAAACAUGCAUCUACAGUCUUAA